AUGUCAGAUACAUACGGAGGCCGAGGACCUCUCUUGCUCGGCCUGACAUGGGCAGAAGCAUCACUUACUUUAGUCCUGUUUGCCCUGCGAGCAAAGACAGCCUCAAUAUGCCCACCAGAAAGCAUGACAUCCGGUAUUUUUGGCCUGCGGUGGGAUUUUGUUUGGGCGCUUUUUGCUCUGAAGAUGAUUGCUCUAGGAGCACAAUGCACGAUGACCGUGAGCGUGAAGUACGGACUCGGAAUGCACCAAGAUCUGCUCUCGGAUUCCGAUAUUGUUCAGACAAACUUCUGGAGCUGGGUUGCUCAAGCGAUCGGAAUCGUGGAUCUGGCUGUUGCGAGGUGCGCAGUGAUUGCGUUCCUACUGGCCCUGCAAGCACGUACUCACCGCAAGGGACGAUGGGUGCUGUUCUUUGUGGGUGGAAUCCAGGGGGCCAUCAAUAUUGCCGAGAUAGGUGUUAUAUUCUAUCAAUGCGACCCACCGUGGAAACUAUGGGAUAUGAGUGUUCCUGGGACUUGUGAUCUGAUCGAUAUCUGUCUACAUAUUGGGUACUUCCAAGGGGCUGUUGGAGCCGCCGCCGAUAUAUUCCUGGCCUUCUACCCGAUCUACAUAAUUGGAAGACUUCAGCAAAUGAGACUAUCGUUGAAGGUUGGUCUCUGUCUGCUGAUGAGUGGUGGCAUUAUAGCCGGAAUCGCAGGAAUCAACAAAACGAUCGCCAUCGCCAACAUCACCGAAGCGACGGACCAGACCUACUCGAUCGCGCAGCUAAACAUCUGGGUCCUCACCGAGAUGUGGUUCAUCCUGAUUUUCGGCUCAAUUCCGGUUCUUCGGCCGUUCUUCGUUCGGUUUUCGCAGAGCAUCAAAAGCACUGCAUAUGGGAGUUCGCGCAAUCAGUCCAUGCAGCCGCAUUCGGGCUCGAACAAUGAUGCUUGGAUGUAUUUGCGUGAUCGGCCAGAACGGUCGUGGGUCUCUCGGGGAUCGGAGAAGGGCGGCAAGGAGACAAAUGUAUUCAGGAGUAACAGUCAAGAGGAGAUCCUAGGUUUUGAGCUUACGGAUCAAAUUGUGCCUGCGCGUAAGAUGACAGUCACGGAGGAGAGGCAUUGA